UUUUCGUUGGCCCUAAAACUUGAGACACCCUGUACAUAUAAGAGUAUAACUCAUUUAUUUAUAAUUUUAUUCAAGGUUAAAAAUAAAACAAAAAAUCUUUCUCUUAUUAACAUUCACUCAUUGCUAAUUGAAGUGAACAAUUUAAAUCACAAUAUUAAAUAAUGCCUGACUGUAGUGGUCAUAGUUCCUGAUGCGUUUCCUCAAAGUAGUUUAUAAUGUUACUAAACCUUAUACUAAGUGUAGUGAGUUUUUUUAUUCAAGAAACAGUAUCAAAGUAUCUUCCUAACAAUUCCUGUAAAAAUUAUAUCGACUAUUAUUUUAUCAACACUAGCAAAAACUGUUAUUACAAUUCUGAAUUUUUUGAACAAACUGCUAAAAUAAUCGAAAAACAUAUCGGUUUUAGUGAAACAUAUAACGUAACUACUGAGGAUGGUUACAUUUUAACAUUAUUUCGUAUUCCAAGACAGCGUCCAAAAGGUGUAGCAAUUCUUCAACAUCCCGUUACCACGGAUUCAAUUGUAUGGGUUGGUCAAAGUAAUGAAUCACUAGCAUUUUUGCUGUGGAGUUUUGGCUAUGAUAUUUGGCUACCCAACCAUCGUGGAACUUACUUCUCACGAAAGCACGUAAAUUUAACCACUUCAGAUGCAAAAUUUUGGGAUUUUAGCUUUCAUGAAAUUGGCCUCUUUGACUAUAAAACGAUAAUAGAUUUUGUUAAAAUGAAAACCGGUAGUAAAAUUGUUUUUAUAUCUCAUUCAAUGUCAACGACUGCAUCACUCAUUUACUCUUCGUUGAGACCUAAAGAAGCUAAAGACUCUGUUAAAGUUUUUAUAAGUAUGAGUCCAGUAUGUUAUUUAAAACAUGUGAGAUCUCCUGUGAAGUACCUUGCAUACUUUACUCCAUACUUGAAGAUGAUUAAUACACUAUUGCAUAUUACACAUCUUUACGAAUACGAUUCACCACUGAUGCAAACUCUAAGGCUGUUAAUGUUAGAACUUCCCUUUAAAUAUCUUGCAACUGUGAUGAUCUCUCUUUUUCAAGGAUGGACUCCUCAGGAAUUUGACCCGGCAUUUAUAAAUCUUUCAAUCUCUCAUCAUCCAAGAAGUUACUCUUGGAAAAUUUUCUACCACUAUGUGCAACAAUACCUGUCUGGAGGACGCUUUCAAAUGUACGAUUAUGGACCUAAUAUUAAUAAAAAAAUAUAUGGUAGUUUAAUCCCACCUGAAUAUCCAAUUGAGAAAAUAAUUACUCCUACUUAUUUAAUUUACAGUAAACAUGAUUCUAUUGCCACAUCAGAGGACUCCGAAUUGUUAUAUGAUAAAUUAAACGAAAAAGCAAAAGUCUAUGGCAAACUGGAAAUAAAAAACAUAAAUCAUGUAGACUUUCAUUAUGGGAAACAUAGGAAAGAAAAGGUGUUCCAUGAAAUUAUAAAACUUUUAAAACUCAUUGAACAUAAUUUUUAAUCAUUAUAAUUUUGGCAAAGUGUAAAAUUGUGUUCCGAUUGUUCCCUGAAGAAAUAAAAGUUACAAUACGA